GAAAGACGUAGGUCGUUGAUCCACACGAAGACGAAGGGUCCAAUACCGGUAGUAGUGAAUGCAAGUAACGUAUUGGCCGUACGCACCAUUUUCCUGACGCAGUAAUUUCAGUAUUAAUGCAGAUAAGUACCUGUUUCUCAAAGUGAGAAUGAGAACAAAGAAACGAUAAUUGAUUGAAAAAAUGAUGUCUCAGAGAGUCUUGAAACAUGGAUGGAGAUUAUGGAACCCCAAAAUUAUAUCAAAGUAUUCCACAUGGUGUCCAUGGAAACAUAUUGCUCACAAGAAUUACAGUUCUGAUUCUGUGAGAUAUUUGAGUUCAGUGUUUUCAGAUGAGAAUGUAAAGAGUACGAUCAAAAGGAUGUCGAAUGUCAGGCCACUACGGAAGAUGACGAAAGAUGCUGAAUUGACGGGUGCUGUGUUAGUACCACUGUGUGUAGUCGAUGGGGAACCAUCUGUGUUAUACACAUUGCGAUCAAAUCAUCUGGCAUUACACAGAGGAGAAGUCAGCUUUCCAGGUGGAAUGUCUGACCCAAAUGAUGAAGACAUUACACAUACUGCAUUGCGAGAAAUGGAAGAGGAGCUUGGGGUUAAUGCUGCAGCAGUCAGGGUAUGGGGUUCACUGAUACCUUUACCAGAUAAAACAUUAAAAAGGAAAGUUACACCCAUUGUUGGGUUUCUUGGUGAUAUAAACAUUGAGUCGUUGAAGCCAAAUGCCAAUGAGGUAGAACAGGUAUUCAGCUUAACUUUAUCACAUCUAUGCAACCCACAGAACCAACGAUACACAAGAUUUGCGCCUUAUGGAAAACGGACAAAAACUUAUCAGAUGCCAGUAUUUCUUGGAGGGCCAAUACACAGGGUUUGGGGACUCACAUCAAUUAUCACAGACCAGCUUUUGAGAGCGCUCUUACCUGAUGUUUAUAAAUCUCCAAAGUAAAAUAAAUCCUUAG